AUGGCUAUGCAACAAUACAUAGGUUCUUCUUCUUCUUCAUCUUCUAAGGUAGCAUCCUUGAAAAGAUUUGAUGUUUUUAUUAGCUUUCGUGGUGAGGAUACUCGUAAAACCUUCACGAGUCAUCUUUAUGAAGCUCUCAACAAAAAAGUUCUAACAUUCAUUGACAAUAUUGAACUUGAAAAAGGAGAUGAGAUCUCAUCAGCACUCAACAAAGCCAUUGAGGAGUCAGACGCAUCUGUAGUCAUAUUUUCAAAAGACUAUGCAUCUUCAAAAUGGUGUUUGAAUGAACUCGUUAAGAUUCUAGAAUGCAAGAGAGAUCGCAGACAGAUUGUCAUACCUGUUUUCUAUGAUAUAGAACCAUCUGAUGUCAGGAAUCAAACUGGGACUUAUCGACAAUCUUUUGAAAAACAUGAGCGAGAUUUGAGACACAACAAAGACAAGUUGCAGAAAUGGAAAGAUGCACUCACCGAAGCAGCCAAUUUAUCUGGAUGGAACUCUCAAAAUUACGGGAUCGAAUCAAAUUUCGUUAAGGACAUUGUAGAAGAUGUUUUGAAAAAAUUGUAUGGGAGAUACCCAUUUGAAGUUAACAGGGAACUUGUUGGCAUUGAUACAAAGUAUGAAAAGAUGGAAUCUUUACUGAAAAUUGGGUCAAAUGAUGUUAGGAUCCUUGUAUUAUGGGGAAUGGGAGGCAUAGGAAAGACCACUCUAGCCAAACAUGUAUAUGGUAGACUCUGUUCUCAAUUUGAACGUACUUGCUUCAUUGAAAAUAUAAGGGAAGAAUCAACCAAGUAUGGACUCAAGUCUGUACGUAACAAACUUUUUUCUACAUUGUUGGAGUUUCCUCUCAAUGCACCUUAUGCAGAAACUCCAAUUUUCAAAAACAGACUUGCACAUGAAAGAAGUCUCAUUGUGUUGGAUGAUGUGGCAACUUUAGAACAAGCAGAAAAUGUUAACAUAGUCCAUAAAUACUUGGGAGAAGGGAGUAGAGUCAUUAUCACAACUAGAGAUAUGCAGAUAUGUAGUCAAUUUGACGAGUGUGAAAUAUAUGAGUUUGAGGAGAUGAAUGCAGAUGAAUCUCUUCAAUUAUUCUGUUGGAAUGCUUUUGGAGAAAAGUGUCCUAAGGAUGGAUAUGAUAAUCUAUCAGAAAGGGCAAUUCUUUUUUGUAGAGGCAAUCCCCUGGCGUUGAAAGUUUUAGGUGCAAACUUUCGUACAAAAAAAAGUAAAGAAGCAUGGGAAAGUGAGUUGGAGAAACUAAAAAAAAUUCCCAAUAAGAGAAUCCAUGAUGUGUUAAAAUUGAGUUUUGAUGACUUAGAUUCUACUCAACAAGCCAUAUUUCUAGACAUUGCAUGCUUCUCCAAAUAUUCAUGUAGAUAUGCUUAUAUCGAUGAUAAAGAUUACAAAACAGCAGUAUGGAAUGCUUGUGAGUAUUUUGCCGAGAGUGGAUUACAAGUCCUUAAAGAUAAAGCACUCAUAUAUUUUGAAAUGGAACGCUUUAUCACAAUGCAUGAUUUGUUAAUAGAAAUGGGAAAAGAGAUUGUUAUGAAAGAAUCAGUCAAAGACCCCGGAAGAAGAAGUCGAUUGUGGGAUCAAAAGGAUGUGUACGAUGUAUUGAAAUAUAACAAGGGAACUGAAGUUGUUGAAGCUAUAGAAUUUAAUAUUUAUGAACUUGGGGAUUUGUACUUGAACUCAGAUUCCUUUAAAAGCAUGAUCAACUUAAGACAUCUUUAUAUCAAUAUAGAUCAUCAAAGUAGAUUGCAUUUCCUUGAAGGUCUUGAGUGGUUGUCUGAUAAAUUGAGGUGUCUUGAGUGGCAUAAAUUCCCACUAGAGUCGCUGCCAUCAACCUUUUAUGCAAAAUUUCUUGUAAAGCUUAAAAUGCAGCAUAGCAAGCUUAAAAAGCUUUGGGAUGGAAUUCAGAGACUUGACAAUUUAAUGAUUCUUGAUCUUGAUUAUUCCGAAGACCUGAUUGAGAUUCCAGAUUUAUCAAGGGCCCCAAAUCUUCAAAUAGUAUCCCUUUCUUAUUGUAAGAGUCUUUGCCAACUCCAUCCAUCCAUUUUCAGUACUCCCAAGCUUACAAACCUAAAAUUAAAUGGAUGCGAAAAGAUUGGAAGUCUGAAAAAUAACGUUCAUCUAAAAUCUCUCCAAACACUGGAUCUCUCUGAUUCUUCUCUUGCCGAAUUUUCGGUGACAUCAAAGGAAAUAAUGAGCGGUGUUUAUGGGGCGCUGUUGUACAUGGAUUUUCUUCAUUGA